AUGCACGAUUUACUGGAAGUACAGGCACGUCUAUUGGAACGUCAUUGCAACUGCCUCUUGAUGGAACAAGUGGAACAAUGUUUUCAUAUGAUCAAUGGUAUUACUGAGCAUGAGCUUGUUCCUCUCCAUCAAACCCUAGAAGAUGUUUCCACAGACAACGAUGACGACAGAGGUCAAGACGAAGAAAUGACGAUUGAAGAGAGUUGCUUGAAUCUUGAUACGAUUCAUUCAAUUCAAACAGAGCCACGCCAUUAUCUUGACGGAGAUGAUGUAGCUCUUCCUGAGCAGCGACUUAGGCAAAAGGUUGGGCAUGCUGGUAGCUUUGUGCAAAUGUAUGCACAAGGCCAUUGGUAUCCGGGUAGAGUAAAAAGGUGUGUUCUUCUCGUCGAGGCCUUUACUCCGGCAAUUCGCUUUCAAAUCGGAACAGAGAAUGUGGACGUUGAAGCAGGAAUAUAUGUCAAAAUUGAACUGAGCCCUACACGCCAUCCAGAAGCUUAUGCCCGAAAAGCCUUGAAAACUGACCCAUCUUCCCGUCUGGCUAUCAAGAUUAAAGGCAAACUGAAAAAUGGGGAAAUAUUUGAAGAGGACUCUUAUGGAUAG